AUGGGCUUCACAAACUUCUUGGGCGAUAAGAAGUCGCAAGUCGUCGCAUUUUCCUCCUCGGCCAUAGCCCUCUAUGGCUACGAUCAAGGCAUGAUGAGCCUGAUCAACACGAAUAAGAGCUAUCUCCGAACAAUGGGCAUAGCAGAAGAGGAUCCUCAAGUCGGAGUGAUCGUAGCAGUCUAUUACCUAGGCUGCUCCGUCGGCGCUGUGCUCUUUUCCUGGCUUGCAGAUAACUAUGGGCGUAAAAAAGCGCUGUUUGGCUGUCUCGCCAUGGCGAGCUUGGGGAAUCUCAUUAUGUUCAUUGCAGGAUUGAACGGGAUGCCGGGAGCUCUGGCAGUAAUGUACGCAGGAAGAGUUGUUAUGGGACUGGGAGUAGGAGGUGUGGAUAGUGUGGUGCCGGUAUACUCGAGCGAACUCAGCAGCGACGAUGCUCGAGGAAAAGCUCUGGCCCAGGAAUUCCAAGCGAACAUUCUGGGUCUGAACAUUGCGUUCGGCAUCAAUCUCGCUGUGACCAGAGCUCUGGGAAAGCAGAAUCAGUGGGCCUGGCGGAUUCCAAUCAUUGCGAUGCAGGUGUUUCCGGUCGUGUUGAUGGCGUUUAUUGGUGGGCUACCGGAGAGCCCGAGGUGGUGUGUAUUCCACGAGCGGCAGGAAGAUGCGAAGAAGGCACUGAUGCAGUUCGUGGACGAGGAAGAGGCGGAGAAGCAGAGAGAUGAGCUGGUUAAAAGUCACGAGGAGGAGGGUGAUAAUAAGAUUGGCUACACAGAUAUGUUCACGCCGGGACAUGCACAGUUUCAUCCUACGAUCUUGACGAUUAUGGGGCAGGUCAAUCAAGCGUUGACGGGAUAUGGAGCUGUAUCCGUCUACGGACCCCAGAUCUUCGAACUCCUAGGCUACGGGACCCGCACAUCCGAAUAUCUCACCCAAGGGAACUACAUCUCCUACCUUGCACUCAUGACUUUCGCCUGGCUUCUCAUAGACGCCGUCGGCCGUCGUAGCGUCCUCCUGACCGGCUCUGGUACCCUCACAAUCUCCUUCCUCCUCCUUGCCCUCUUCGGCGGACUGGCCUACAACAGCUCAGAGCUCCACAUCCACGUCGACGCCGUGGCCGUCCCUGGUAUCGUCGUUCUUUACAUCGCUACCGGCGCCUUUGGCAUAGGAUGGUUGGUACCGCCGUGGCUGAUCCCAACGGAGAUAUAUCCGACGACGGCCCGCGCUCAAGGCACAGCCGUCUCAGUCAUCAUUUGGGGCCUUGCCAACUUCGCCAUUACGUUGCUCACCCCCAUCAUGUUCAACAACCUAAAAUACUGGAUCUUCUUGGUUUUCGGAGCUACGAACCUGUUCGCAGGGCUGUGGACCUAUUUGUAUUGCCCUGAGACGGGUGGGAGGACGUUUGAGGAGAACCAGGAGUUCUUUGAGGAGGCGAAGAAGGAGAGAAGUUGGAGAGUUAGUAGGAUACGGGAUGGGGAGUUUAGGUUCUUGCCGUAUCCUAAGCCAGAGGGGAAGGACGAUGGUGAGAGUCAGCCGUUGCUGCAGAGGGUUAGAGAUCAGGUAGAGGCGUAG